AUGUCUCGCCUAAGUAGUGUAUCUAUCAGAGGGUGUGUAUAGAGAAGAUUCAGCUACCAGGUAUUCAUAUUGUACACCGAGGCACCUGUAGAGUGUCAAAGGUUGAACUUAUGAAUCCGUGUUGUAAUUCCAGGAUAUAGGUAGGUGUAGUUGGCAGCUUCCCCAUUUGAAAUGAACAUCGCCCUCUCGUAAAUAUCCUGUUGGUAAACUGUCAACACAGCACGACGCCAUAUAGAAUAUUCGCUGAAGAAUAAGCCGCCAGACUUUCUGAAAUUAAGAAAGCUUCAGAGAUCAGCCAGUGAUCGACAGACAGCAACCUACAUGAAGAUGGCCUAUUCCAAGAAGGACCUGUGCUGCCAGUGUGUCCCGACAAAAGCCACCAACACGAUGCUCUACUCCCUCCUCAUGGACCCGCAGCGAAGACCCAGUUCCACAGGAUCCUCGUGUUGCCACAGCAACACAGAAAGUGAGACUGAUCCCCAGCAGGGCGUUUUGGACCUUUCCAUGCGAAAUUCGCAAAAGCACAGAUCAGAGGAGGACAGUAGUGAGAAACCAGUGACAGUAUUACACAGACUCGCCCCCGAGCACUACGCCAUGAUACACCACGCAGCGUCGCAGGUUUUGAUCCAGACCAUCGACUUCAUGAGGAAGUUGCCGGCGUUCACGUACCUUCCACCCAAUGACCAGAUGCUGCUACUGAUGCGAAGCUGGCACGAGAUCGUCGCCAUCGGCGUGGCGCAGGAGAAGGUUCCGAUCGACACAGUUUCCGUACCGGCGCCGCCGUGCGAGUGUUGCACAGGUGCAGAGAUGCACUGGGGAGGCACACCACCACCCGCCCUAACGAUGCCUGGGUGCAUCCUGAGUUCGGACUUGGAUGAUAUACAACAGUUCGUUAUGAAGUACCAGUCGUUGGACUUAGACUGUAAAGAAGCAGCAUAUCUGAAAGCAGCUGUCCUUUUCACCCCAGUUCCAGGACUCGCCCACCCACACUACAUCGAGGCUCUACAGAAGGAGGCGCAGCAAGCGCUCAACGAGUACACGAUGAUGACGCGGCCGCUCGAGACGCUACGGUUCGCCCGCAUCCUCCUGAUGGUGCCCCUCCUGAGGGGCAUCAAGCAGGAGCCAAUCACGGAGCUGUUCUUCAGACCUCUCAUCGCCAACGUUCGCAUGGAGGACGUUCUACGCCAGAUGUUGUUCACCUGAACAUUCCAGAACCAGGAGAGCUGAUAUCAGAAAAAAGGGAAAUCAAGCCUCACAUUGGUGGGGCAUAAAAAGAACUUUUUGUUAAAGAUUAUCAUAUUGUCAUUAAGAUUAUCAAUUUGUAUUGACAACAUUCAUUGUAAAAGGAAACCCUCUUGUUGGUUGAAAAUUUUGUUCUGUUCAAAGAUAUGCCUGGAGAAGCGAUUUGCUGACAGGUUAGAUUGUCAUAACAAAGAAACCCAUUACUUUUGUCUGUAUUCCAAUAAGGAAAGACAUGAUGUACACUCUCAUUGGCUGAGCCAGUCUUCACAUCAGUUUUCAUUGGAGGACAGAAGCAGGAUUUUCAUUGGCUGAGCCAAAGCAAUCAUGGAAACAACAAGUAGAAGCUGGUAUAAAGAGGAAUAGAACAAUUAUGUCUCUUUUGAGUUUAGGAAACUGUCUAAAUUGCUUCAAUUCAAAACUAUGAUCUGUCCAAUGAUCUUCGUACAUCAAAUGUACUACAACACCUUACACUGUCUUACUGCAGUAGAAGUGUUAUAUUGUUGUGAGUGAUACUCUUGUGGUCACUUUAGCGAUAUGUCACUUGUAUGAUGCAACUGCAGCAAAUGACCUGCUUUGUAGUCUUGUGUUGUUUGGAGCUGCUGAACUAGUGAGUAUCACUGUUGCUGUUUCUUGCAGCCAUUAUUAAGGUGCUCAGAAGUGUGGCCUACCAAGACCACACACGAGCAUCCGGUAGACAAAGCAAAAAAGGAAGGAACCUUUCGACGGCGAAGUUCACAGAACUCAAACCUUGAAUCUUUGAUCUUGAAUUUGACUGGUUCAAACAGAUCUGUAGAUGCUGCUCUGACUAUUAGCUUUUUGCACUGACCAAUCAGGCCAGGAAAUUAUUUUACAACUCACAAGUUCCAGUUACCCAGUUUAGUUGAUUUUAAGAGGGCUAUAGACUGCAACAGUUAGACAGCAAUAUCAGAAUGACCAAAUCUUCCGUGAAGAAUGGAAACACUGACAACAGAGGCUCAUUUGUUUCUUCAUAAAGGUCUAAAAUCCCAAGAUAUAUAGAAAUGAAGAAGAUUGUGACAUGGAAUAAGUGGCUCUCGAGUCCACAGACAAUAUCUGUCUCAGUAUGCGGUGAGAUGCAUACGAAGGCCCUUCAGUACCAAGGACAGGUCAUCACAAACAAGUUUGUACAGGAGGGUAAUAAUAUAAAGAACUGAGAACAACAGAGAAAAAAAGGAAGUGAUUAUUUUUUCAGCUUGCCUUGAUGUGGCGCUAUCACUGUAUCGCUUACGCACAACUAGCAUCUGCACAUUACAUAGCAGAUGUGGUGGCAUGUAUGUAUUACUAUUGUAAGAUAUGUAUGCUGAAUGAUGCAGAAAUAUGAAUUUUGUGUAUAAGAUUAUGAAGAAUAGUAUAAGAGGAUCUAUAUAUAUGUAUAACUUUAUAUAUAAAAAAAUAGCUGUUGGGAACAAUAGAGUGCAUUAUAAUAUUAUUGCUAGCAUACUUAUGCAAGAGGGAGUGCCAGGCCAGAGAUAUGACAUUACCCAGUACAUUUGUAGAUCACUGAUGCGAAA